CUAUGGUGCAGUGGAUUCAAAUGGUUGAGCAUACGUGUGCCUGGUGCGACGAAGAGUCGCCCAAUGCAAAACGAUGUGCUGGCUGUCGCAAGGUCUGGUACUGCAGCAAAACAUGUCAAACGGACCACUGGCCGCGUCAUAUCUUUAACUGCAAGUCCGGACAGCCUAUCAGCACUGCCUAUUAUCUUUCCAGCUCUGUUUGGGGCGACGAAAUACCCGUCGAUGCACAAACGCGAAUCGAUUACGGCUUCGAUAAAGCGGAAAAACUUCUGAAUGGCGAGUCCGGAAGCAUGCUCCUCGGCUUGUACAAGGGACUGUUCUACGCUGGUGUCAAAGAGAAGGAGCUCCGGUUGUGGCAGAGAGAGGGGCGGCUUAUCGAGGGCAUCAAAGCAACAUUCGAGGCACUUCCUCCCCGCACCAGAGGAGGCUACUACCCGUGGUUCCUGCAGCACCAGUACCUUCUCGACGGUUCCCCUCCAGAUGAGGACGAUGUCACAAGGAAGACCAAGGAUCGUGCGCUCUCUAUGCUGCGAAAUGGAUGGAUCGCUACGGGAGGAUCCCCGCAUGACUCCACCGAAGAGAUCGAGGCCAAGCUUGCUGCGCUCUCAGAGGAGCGACGUGCUUGCCAUCAUUUUUACACGAUGCUAUUCUCGCAGGCGCACCCAUCCCCCGAUCUUUUGGCUUGGUUGCACUUCGGCUUCGUUGCAUCGUCCUCAAUGGGCGAAGAGAUGCACAUUGCACGGUUAUAUAUCGCUCUCCUCAACCGCUGCACUUUUGAAGAGUUUUGUGUCGCAUAUGAGACCUCGUCCAUCUCUGCUCUCUUCGACCGCUACGAUAUCCCCCUUGGAAAUUCUCCCCAGUUCCGCGACGUGAUGUCGGGCACCCCUCAUGUGAAUAAGUCGGUCUGGGAUCUGAAGCAGUAUGUCGACCAGCUCAUCGCCUUGCAACCUGACGCCGAAGGGCUGCCGCCACUCACUCCCUCCGUUUUGUGCGACUACGGCUUUUCGAACUGCAAGAGUCCGGCAGAGAGGAAGAUGCUCGACGAAAUGUACACACAGCUCUUCGCGAAACCGGGCAUGGACCCACUUGCACUCCACGAGGCGUGCAUCAAGGGCCAGCUGUUCGAUUUCGUGAAGAGCCUCAUCAAACUUGGCGGGCGGUCGACAGCCGUAAAAUAUGCCCGCCUGCUGAGGAAUCCGUACCCGCUCCCGGAUAUGGAGGGUUUAAGGUGCGUAUAGCCAUGUUCAG